AUGUCGUACAAUCCUCGAAUGAGCAUCAUCCCUACCUCCCAAACCCAGUCACGGAACACACGCAAGAAGGAAGAUGAAGCAGACGCGUUUAUGCGCCUUCCGGACAAGGAAAUUGUCGGCUGCAUAACGGACAUCGGCAUUCCUUUCACUAUCGCCGACCUCCAGAAACCGAACCCCGUCCAGGUGCAGAUGAUCUUCGAGUGGUUUGCCGAGCUCCUGCUCAACGCAACCCGCGAGAGCGUCGAGCCUGCCAUGCGCGCCGCCGCCGAAGACAUCUGUGGUGAAUACUCCGAUAUUGUUCCUCCCGAUACGCGAAACCUCAUGGGCUUCUAUGUCUCUCUGCGACGUCUGCUUUCGGAAUGCGGAAUUAAUGAUUUCAGCUUCAACGAUUUGUACAAGCCCUCGCAUGACCGACUGGUCAAGAUCUUCAGCUACCUGAUCAACUUCGUGCGCUUCCGCGAGUCACAGACGAGCGUCAUCGACGAGCACUUCAACAAGGCCGAGACGACCAAGGCCCGCAUUGAGAACCUUUACUCCGAAAACCAGGAGAUGGAGGUGCGCAUCGCCGACAUGAAGCGGAACCGCAAGGCCAUGGAGGCUCAAGUCCGGGAAAAGACAACGCGUAACGAGGACUUGAAGCAGAGGUUGCUGGACCUACGGCGAAACCAGGAGCGAGUAGCAGCGCGCCUCGAGGACGCCAAGGUCAAGAAGACGGAGCUUACUGCCACUCUGGAGGACAAGACGGCGCAGAAGCUGGCGUUGAAGCAGGAGAGCCAAAAGCUGAGGCCCUACGUCAUGCAAAGUCCCUCGGCGUUACAGGCCAGCCUUACGGAACUGAGCAAUGCGCUCAGCAGCGAGAAGGCACACAUUGACUCGCUCGACCGCCGCUCGCGCGCUCUACAGACUUCUGCGGACUCCUUUGCGGUGGUGUCAACAGACGUGGCGUCCUGCAUCAAGAUCCUUGACGAGAUUGGCAUCGAGCUUGCCAAAGAAGAGGAAGAGAACCUCAAGAACUCCAAGCAGCGCGAUGCCCUUUCCGAGCGCGGUAACAACGUGCGAGAGGUCGAGCGGACCGAAGCGUUGCUAUCGAGACAGCUGCUCAAGUGGAACGAGCGGACGGAGAAACUACGUGAACAGAGCUCUGCCAAGGCCCAGGAGGCCAAGGAAAAGAUGGAAGAGCUGCGCGCCAUACACCGGAAGCUCACAGAGGAGCGGACGGACAAGGGCAAGGACAUUGAGAGAAGAAGAGUUCGCAUUGAGCAAACCGAGAAAAAGAUGGUUGAUCUUAAGGAGAACAUCGAGAACGAGAUCCACAGCGCCUACGACGAGUUCCUCAAGAUGGACUCGCAUAUCAAGCUGUACAUCACAGAGAUGGAUCAGGCCAUGCUGUCGUGA